CUAAAGGAAGCCGAAAACUUCUACCAGAUCUGGAAGCUCUCUCUCUCCCGCUUUAACGCCUUCUUCUUCUUCUUCUUCUGCUCUGGUUGAUCACGAAAGCUUUCUCAGCUUGAUGGCCGGAACCUUGACGAGCAACCUUGCGAUAUAUCAUGGAGAUGGAGAUACAACCUUUGUUGAACCUUGAUUUGGACCCGGGUCCCGUUGAUCAGUCUGUACUGGUGUGGCAACAUGAGCAUAGAUCGGCUGCCAUUUGGGAGGAUGAGGUUCCUCCCCGUGAAUUGACAUGUCGGCACAAGUUACUGGGUAUGCGAGACUGGCCGCUGGACCCUCUUGUGUGUCGUCAACUAAUCGAAUUCGGACUGUAUGGAGUAUACAAGGUUGCCUUUAUACAACUCGAUUAUGCAUUAAUUACAGCCUUGGUAGAGAGGUGGAGGCCUGAAACUCACACUUUUCAUCUUCCUGUCGGAGAGAUUACCAUCACUUUGCAAGACGUGAAUAUAUUAUUGGGUCUCCGGGUGGAUGGACCUGCGGUAACUGGCAGUACAAAAUACAACUGGGCUGAUCUAUGUGAGGAUCUACUAGGUUGCAGACCAGGUCCCAAGGAUCUCCGUGGAUCUCAUGUCUCCCUAGGAUGGUUGCGUGAUAAUUUUACACAUCUACCUCCAAAUCCAGAUGAAGACACAUUGAAGCGUCACACUAGGGCGUUUGUGUUAGCUUUGAUGAGUGGUUUCCUCUAUGGAGAUAAGUCCAAACAUGAUGUGGCUUUGACGUUUCUUCCUCUGCUAAGGGAUUUUGAUGAAGUGGCUCGACUUAGUUGGGGUAGUGCAACUCUCGCACUUCUCUACAGAGAGUUGUGUCGGGCAAGUAAGAGGACUGUUUCUACCAUUUGUGGCCCUCUUGUUUUGCUUCAGUUAUGGGCAUGGGAGCGACUACAUGUUGGCCGACCAGGAAGACUCAGGGAUGUAGGUGCUUCAUUUAUGGAUGGGAUAGAUGGUCCCUUACCAGAUCCAUUAGGUUGUAGGUGGAGAGCUUCUUUGAGUCAUAAAGAGAAUCCUCGUGGAGGACUAGAUUUUUACAGGGAUCAAUUUGACCAGCAGAAAGACGAUCAGGUUAUAUGGAAGCCUUACACUCCAGAUCUACUGGCAAAGCUCCCUCUUUUAUGUCUAAGCGGUCAGAACAUAUGGCGAACAGUUGCACCCUUAAUUUGUUUUGAUGUUGUUGAGUGGCAUCGUCCUGAUCGAGUACUUAGACAGUUUGGUCUUUGCCAAACGAUUCCAGCACCGUGUGAUAAUGAAAAGACACUUCAUGCUAUUGACAAAAGAGGAAAAUCAGAGUAUGACUGGUCAGCACGCCAUGUUCGGCAUAUUGAAUUAUGGGAGGCACGUGAGGCAUCCGUUGUUUUAGGUGAACCAGAGUAUGGUCCAAUGGACUAUAAUGAUCCUUAUAUGGAAUGGUACCGUCGAAUCACUAGAAGAAUCAUCAGUCCUAUGAAAGAGAGACGUCCUGGACAGUUUCAACCCACUGGCUUUGCUUUCCAAAUGCUGGUUCAGAGGAUUGCUGCCAUCUAUGCUCGAUCUAAGGCCUCGCUUGAGGAGGCACUCACCAUAGACACUGCUAGGCGAACAUUGCAAGAGAUCCUCGAUUUGAGUGCAGGGGCUCUACAACUUAAUGCGCCUUUAGGCUCGUUAUUGAAUGGUUCUGCUUCUCAAGCUCCAACACCAGAACUGUAUCCAAUGUUACCUCCACCUAUGUCUACAGAAUCUACGAGAAAACCGUUUUCAGCAGAAACAUCUGAUGUAGCUUUCAGUGGCAUAGGAAGCACUGAUGAUGUCUCAGCAGUACCAUCAUCUUCCCAGAAACCUGUUUUUUGGCCUUCUGGAGGGAGGUUAACUUUCAGUUGGAUUUGUGAUGUAAUGUUGGCUUUUGAUUGGUCUUCAAGAAAUCUCCCAUUUUCUGAGUUUUCUAGUGUUGUGCCAAUUAAUGUUUUUGAUGAGUUGGUUCUCUCCGCGACCAAAAUCCUGAAAAAGGAGCCAAACUGCGUUAGUAUAAACAGUGACAAGGCAAAGGUUGUUGUGGUUGGAGAUCUACAUGGGCAGCUACAUGAUUUGCUUUUCCUUUUGAAGGACUCAGGGUUCCCUAAUAAUGAUCAGUUCUACGUAUUUAAUGGGAACUAUGUAGACAAAGGAGCGUGGGGAUUGGAAACUUUCUUGCUUCUUCUUUGUUGGAAGGUAUUUCUACCUGAAAGGGUGUAUCUUCUGCGUGGCAAUCAUGAGAGUGAAAGUUGUACCUCUGUAUAUGGAUUUAGAAAUGAAGUAUUAAGCAAGUAUGGAGAGAAAGGAUCACAUGUCUACAAAAAAUGCUUGGAUUGCUUCCAGUUUCUCCCUCUGGCUUCUCUGAUUGCUGGGAAGGUAUUUACAACUCAUGGAGGUCUUUUCCGUAACACAUCAAGCUUUCUCUCACAGAAGCAAGAACGGAGCAGGAAACGGAAAAGAAAUCAGAAAAAGCAAAUGGAUAACGAUGUUUCCGAGACUGAAGAUGAAAUUGACUCCUUGUCCCUUGGGUCAUUGGAGGAAUUAUCCAAAGCAAAACGGCGAGUUAUCGAUCCUCCUACCGAAGGUUCGAAUUUGAUUCCUGGCGAUAUCCUGUGGUCAAAUCCAUCACCUGAUGCUGGUCUUUUUGUUAACAAAGAGAAAGGCAUAGGCUUGUUGUGGGGUCCCGACUGCACCGCAAAGUUCCUACAAGACAAUGAUCUAAAGUUAAUCAUCAGAGGGAACGAAGGCCCAGAUGCAAGGAGAAAUAGAGAUGGUCUUGCACAAAUGGAUGAAGGAUAUGCAAGAGAUCAUGAAGGGCUUAUAACAUUGUUCAGUGCUCCUGAUUAUCCUCAAUUUCAGGAUACAGAGGAGAGGUACAACAACAAAGGAGCCUACAUAAUUUUGCAAAUCCCUGAAUAUGAGGAGCCGGAGAUUCAUGUUUUCGAAGCAGUGUCUCCUAGACCAAAGGCGGAGGCGUACUAUGGUUUUAGUUGCUUAACUGAUACACCUCAAAAUUUAGGACACAAAGGCAGCUGUCCUUUUGAUUCACUAUCAACUGUUCCUGAAGGCAAGGACAUUUCAGAUUCUUCCGAAAUGGUUGAAAAUGAAACUACAGAUUCUGGAACUGUGGCAUCAGUUGACAAAGAUGUGAUUGAUUCUCCAGAUAGGCAAGAAACCGGUUCAAAAGAAGCUAUCCUAUCCGAGACAGGGGCUGUUAGUAGAGUUUUGUCUGAUUCAGUUGAGCAACCGGAAUCUCACAGCGAAAUAGAAAAUAUUUCUGAUAAAGGUGUUGAUCCAGAACCACCUGCAGCUAAUGAUGUCCUUGUGGUUGAUUCUGGUGAUGCACUAGAAGCUAGAACCGAUAAAGCUACAGAUGAUGUUGCUAAACCAAUUGAAGUUGAUGGUACUGCUGAAGAGUCUGAAACCAGAGUCAGAGAAGCUAAAGACAAUGAAGCUACUGUUCCUUCGAAUCUUCUCGAACAUAACGCAGAAAAUGGGACAACGAGCGAAUCUGUGGAACCCGGUUCAGAACCUGGAGACAGAGGUAUAGCAGUUGACUGUACCACAGACAAAGACAGAUAGAGUUAGAGAUGGUUCUGAGAAGUUGGAAUCUUCAAACCAGCAAAGCCAAUGACUUAGAGCAAGGGCAAAGAUUAUUAUUGAUUGUUUGAUCUUGAAACUAGCCAUAUCGCCGAGCCUGAGCUUGAGCCUGGGACAUUUACUGGAGAAGACAAUGCAGAAUCUUGUGGGUUAUCCAUAUGUACGGCCAACCAAAAGGGAUGACUCUGGUCCAAACGUGUUUCAUGAGAACAAGUGAAUAAACCAAUGAACCAAGAGAAGCCUGAUGAGAAGCAACCAGGUAACUUUGGACAUGAUUCUGUUGAACCAAAGGCCUCUUAGUUAGGUAUAUCAGUAGAGAGAGAGAGAGAUUGUAAAAUAUCAUUCCUUCCUUUUUCUUCUUCUUCUUUUGUUUUUUUUGGGGGGUGGGGGCACAAUUUGCAACCAAAGGUAUUGCAGAUCUGGUUAGGUUAGUGUUUUUCACUUCUUUAUCAUGUGUAGAUGGUGUUUUUCCCCUUCUCUUCUUUGAACCACUCACUACUGCCACCA